UCAGCGGAAGCCGGAAGCAGCCUCGAGCCUGGCUAGCCCCAAGCACCGAACUCGGUGGUCUCGGAGGCUUCUGGAUUGGGGAGAAGAUGGCGGAGGAGGACUUCUCCAAUGUCACCCAUGAGAGCUUCAACCUAACCCUUCACACCACCCUGGGUGUCACCACGAAACUGGUGCUCCCAACCCCUGCCAAGCCCAUCCUUCCAGUGCAGACCGGGGAGCAGGCCCAGCAGGAGGAGCAGUCAAGCGGGAUGACCAUUUUCUUCAGCCUCCUCGUCCUAGCUAUCUGCAUCAUCCUGGUGCAUCUGCUGAUCCGGUACCGACUGCACUUCCUGCCUGAGAGCGUGGCUGUCGUUUCCCUAGGUAUUCUCAUGGGAGCAGUCAUAAAAAUUAUAGAGUUUAAAAAGCUGGCAAAUUGGAAGGAGGAAGAGAUGUUUCGACCCAAUAUGUUCUUCCUCCUCUUGCUCCCACCUAUCAUCUUCGAGUCUGGAUACUCGCUGCACAAGGGGAACUUCUUCCAGAACAUUGGUUCCAUCACUCUGUUUGCUGUUUUUGGAACGGCGAUCUCUGCUUUUGUAGUAGGUGGAGGAAUCUAUUUCCUGGGUCAGGCUGAUGUAAUCUCUAAACUCAACAUGACAGACAGCUUUGCGUUUGGCUCCCUGAUUUCUGCAGUCGAUCCAGUGGCCACCAUUGCAAUUUUCAAUGCACUGCAUGUGGACCCUGUGCUCAACAUGCUGGUGUUUGGAGAAAGUAUUCUCAAUGAUGCAGUCUCUAUCGUCCUGACCAACACAGCUGAAGGUUUAACAAGAAAAAAUAUGUCUGAUGUCAGUGGGUGGCAAACAUUUGUACAGGCCCUUGGCUACUUCCUCAAAAUGUUCUUCGGCUCCGCAGCGCUUGGCACACUCACUGGCUUAAUUUCUGCAUUAGUGCUAAAGCACAUAGACCUGAGGAAAACACCUUCUUUGGAGUUUGGCAUGAUGAUCAUUUUUGCCUACCUGCCAUAUGGGCUCGCAGAGGGGAUCUCACUCUCAGGCAUCAUGGCCAUCCUGUUCUCGGGUAUUGUGAUGUCACACUACACACACCAUAACCUGUCUCCCGUCACGCAGAUCCUCAUGCAGCAGACCCUCCGAACUGUGGCCUUCCUGUGUGAAACAUGUGUGUUUGCAUUUCUUGGCCUGUCCAUUUUUAGUUUCCCUCACAAGUUUGAAAUUUCCUUUGUCAUCUGGUGCAUAGUGCUGGUACUGUUCGGCAGAGCAGUCAACAUUUUCCCUCUGUCCUAUCUGCUGAACUUCUUCCGAGAUCACAAAAUCACCCCGAAGAUGAUGUUCAUCAUGUGGUUCAGUGGCCUGCGAGGGGCCAUCCCCUACGCACUGAGUCUGCACCUGGGCCUGGAGCCCAUGGAGAAGCGGCAGCUCAUUGGCACCACCACCAUCGUCAUCGUGCUGUUCACCAUCCUGCUGCUGGGUGGCAGCACCAUGCCCCUCAUCCGCCUCGUGGACAUCGAGGAUGCCCGGGCACGCCGCAGGAGCAAGAAGGACGUCAACCUCAGCAAGACCGAGAAGAUGGGCAACACCAUUGAGUCGGAGCACCUGUCGGAGCUCACCGAGGAGGAGUACGAGGCUCACUACAUCAGGCAGCAGGACCUCAAGGGCUUCAUGUGGCUGGAUGCCAAGUACCUUAACCCCUUCUUCACGAGGCGACUCACACAGGAGGACCUCCACCACGGGCGCAUCCAGAUGAAAAGUCUCACCAACAAGUGGUACGAGGAGGUGCGCCAGGGCCCAUCCGGCUCUGAGGACGAUGAGCAGGAGCUGUUCCGACCCUGAGGUGCCCAGGCUUCUGGGUGGGCAGGGUUCUGCUUCCCAGACAGCCAGCCGGGCCCAGAGGAGUGUGCCAUAUGCAGCCUUCUGAGAAAGUGAGACAUCAGAGCCGGGGCUGUGAUUUUGUCUUGGAAACUUGCAGGCCUUUGGAGCUAGCUGACUUCAGAAACGUGGGUCAGCUUCCAUUCCUCAGUGAGCCAGACCUCCUCUGCUGUUUCUUGGCCUGCAAAGGAGGGACUGCUGUCAGGCUGAAGAGAAAGCGCUGGAACUCCAGGCCAUGCCUUCCUCAUACCUGGAGCAACUGGUAGGAGUGUCUGCCCUCAAGAGAAGUAUCAGCCAUUUGUCUCUGGGUUGUCAAGGUGCCUUGGUGUCUGCAGCAACAGCACUGACCUGGUACCAAGCCCCAGAGACCUUGCCAACCUCACAGUCCCUAUCCUGGUGUCCUGUCCUCCCUAAGAGAAAAAAUGAACAACCUUUUCUUUUGACCUGAAA